AUGUCAGCCUUGUACUCGACUUCUGGUCUCUCCGGCUCCUCAAAUGCCCCUCACCAAGCCGCCAACGCGCGCGACACGCCGCACUCCAUGUCCGAGAUCCUACUGCAACCUCUGAACGACCUACAGGCCUUAACGCAUACGCUGUUCCACUCGCUCUCGCCAACACAAACCAGACCGCCACCUGUGCCACCGAUCACAGCAUUCCUGGAGGCAGACGCCGCACUGGCCUCUGCUGUGAAGCUCGCGCGCAAACACCAGAUCAAGCACCGAAAGAACGAGAGGCUGAAGGAGGAGUUCCUUGCCCUCGAGGAGCACUGGCGCGAUAUCAUCAAGGAACUUGAGCAAGGGAAGCGCGAGCUCGAGGUUAUCUUAACCGAGGGGGAAGAGCGCAUGAAGAACAUCGACGCGGCGAAGGCAGACGCGGUUCCAGCGUCCAUUCCGUAUCCCGAGCUCCUGCAAUACGCGCACAGUUUGUCUGCGUUCACGUCUGCGCCGCCGAACAUGCCAGAGCUCGCGCCAGGGCAGCCCCCGCCGCCACUGUUCUUCCCGCCGUUCCCGAACGAGGAGAAGAUGCGCCGUGGACACAUGAACGCAGAGGCACCGCUGGGCUCACUUGGAGAGACGCACGAAGUUGGACAAGCGCGUACAGUCUCACCGCAUCCUGUCGAGCGUCCGCAACACAUGGGCGGCCCAAAUCCGUUCAGGAUGGACCAUCGCAUGCCGCAGCAACAAGUAUUUGACCUCGACCUCGACUUAAACCCUGACCUAUAA